GAUUUAUUUAUUCAUGUAUAUGUGUGCUCUGUCUUCAUGCACAGAACCAGAGGCAGCAUAUCCCACUAUAUAUGGUUGUGAGCAAUCAUGUAGUUGCUGUGAAUUGAACUCAGGCCCUCUGGAAGAGCAAUAAUGCUCUUAACCACUGAGUCAUCUCUCUAGCCUCGGUGUGUGUGUUUUAAGAUAGGGUCUUAACUCUGUAACUUGGGUUGGCCUUGAACUCAUAAUUCUCCUGCUUCUACCUCUCAAUUAUUAGAAUUACAGGCUACCAUACUUGCAUCUGUAGUGUUUUUGCAUAAACAGUUGAUCGUCCUUGAUCUGAAAAAUCCAAAAUUUAAAAUAUCUCCAAAUUCAACCCUUUUUAAGCCUAGAAAGCCAGAAUUUUAACAUGUACAAUCUGUGUGAACUUGACUCUGAGAUGUGCUCACAGUUUUCUCUGUGCCUUUCAAGAUAACUUGAGUGGGAGAAAGCAGACCCAGCCAUGAGGCCAGUGCAUGGGUAUUUUCUGGUUACUGUGUGUGUGGUUACCAGUUUUGCUUUUUACUACAAUCUUCUGAGUCUGACUGGACCCUGUGGCUAAGCUUACUUUAUGUCUGGGAGGACACGUGCCUGGAAGAAUAGCAUAAGUCCUGGGAUGGCGUGUGGCCCAGAUGGUCUGACUCGCAGCUCUGCCUGUGGUGCCCUAUUUUGUUCAGAUUGUAAGCAGCUGUACAUCAGCAAUAGUGAUGAUUCUGGCAGGUCCCUUCCUUCCCUGGGACUCAGGUACUGGUGGGAAGGGGAGGGUAGCCAGAUGCUGAGCCGUCAGGUGUUGCUUUGGGGCAUACUGGUAUCUGGACAGGGGACUGCUGGGGAAGCAGUCCUAGACAAGGACCCAGCCAUCUCCUUAUGCUGUUCUCUCAGGGUAAGUCGGGGAGGGAGGGAAGGCUGGUGUGGUUGGCGUCCUUCCCUCCAAGGGCUACUCUGAAGGUCAGGUGACCUAGUGGGAGCCUGUCAGUGAGAAAGGGAGGGAGGCUGCAGCCCUGUUUUCACUCUUGGGUCUAGCACCUCUGGAAGCCUCUGACUGCACUGCGAUUGGGUGAAGUGCUGGGGAGUGAGCUCUCCACCAGAGUCUCGAACUGGCCCUGUUCUGCUCCAGCCACUUACUGGCUAGUUAAAGUCAAAGUUGGUUUUGUUGUUGUUGGUUUUUUGCUUUUUUUUUUUUUUUUAGACAGGGUUUCUCUGUGUAUCCAUUGCUGUCCUGGAACUUGCCUUCAAACUCAGAGAUCCACCUGCCUCUGCUUCUCAAGUGCUGGAAGGUGCUAGAUUUAAAGGCUUGAGACCAUCACAAGAAAGCAAGGAAAGCAGCGGCAUGGACUCUUCGCCAGGCAGACGCCGCGUGUGGAAACGAUUAGGUCUCUCCCUGCAGCCUUUUGUCUACCCGGUCUGCACUCCAGAAGGUGUCGUCUUUGAUUUGCUGAACAUUGUUCCGUGGCUUAAGAAGUAUGGGACCAAUCCCAGCAAUGGAGAGAAACUUGAUGGGAAGUCCUUGAUCAAGCUGAACUUUGCAAAGAACAGUGAAGGGCAGUACCACUGUCCAGUGCUGUACUCGGUGUUCACUGACAACACUCAUAUUGUGGCUAUCAGGACAACUGGCAAUGUCUAUACCUAUGAGGCAGUGGAGCAGCUAAACAUCAAGGCCAAGAACCUGAGGGACUUACUGACUGAUGAGCCCUUUUCCAGGCAAGACAUCAUCACCCUGCAGGACCCCACCAACCUGGACAAAUUCAAUGUUUCCAACUUCUUCCAUGUGAAGAAUAACAUGAAAGUCAUAGAUCCAGAUGAGGAAAAGGCCAAACAGGAUCCAUCUUAUUACUUGAAAAAUACGAAUGCUGAGACCCGAGAGACACUACAGGAGCUCUACAAAGAGUUCAAAGGAGAUGAGAUUUUAGCAGCCACCAUGAAGGCACCUGAGAAGAAGAAGGUGGACCAACUGAAUGCUGCCCACUAUUCCACAGGAAAGGUCAGUGCGUCCUUCACCUCCACUGCCAUGGUACCCGAGACCACGCAUGAAGCAGCUGUCAUUGACGAGGAUAUUCUACGCUACCAGUUUGUGAAGAAGAAGGGCUAUGUGAGGCUGCACACCAACAAGGGCGACCUUAACCUAGAGCUGCACUGUGACCUGACACCAAAAACUUGUGAAAACUUCAUCAAGCUCUGCAAGAAACAGUAUUAUGAUGGCACCAUCUUUCAUAGGUCCAUCAGGAACUUUGUGAUCCAGGGCGGUGACCCCACAGGUACAGGCACAGGUGGAGAAUCCUACUGGGGCAAGCCUUUCAAAGAUGAGUUCCGCCCCAACCUCUCCCACACAGGCCGUGGGGUGCUCAGCAUGGCCAACUCGGGGCCCAACACCAACAAGUCUCAGUUCUUCAUCACGUUCCGCUCCUGUGCUUACCUGGAUAAGAAGCACACCAUCUUCGGACGGGUUGUUGGGGGUUUUGACACGCUGACAGCUAUGGAGAAUGUGGAGAGUGACCCCAAAACUGACCGUCCUAAGGAGGAAAUACGCAUAUGUGCAACCACGGUGUUUGUGGACCCCUAUGAGGAGGCUGAUGCCCAGAUUGCCCAGGAGCGGAAGAAGACACAGCAACAAGUGGUUCCAGAGGCCAAGGUCAAGACGAGCCAGCCCCAGCCUGGAAGCCAGGGCCCCCAGACAUACCGCCAGGGGGUGGGCAAGUACAUCAACCCAGCAGCCACGAAGCGAGCAGCGGAGGAAGAACCAUCAACCAGCACAGCUGUCCCCAUGGCCAAGAAGAAGCCCAGCUGGGGCUUUGGGGACUUCAGUUCCUGGUAGCAGCAGGCUGGUCUCAUGGAUCCUGGUAGGGCCACACUCCCGGGAGCCUGGGUCCUCAAGGGCUCUGGAGCCUUGGCACGUCCUUUGCUCUCAGUGGAUGCUGCAGAAGUUGUGGUCAUCCCUCUGCAGAGAGGCCUCACCUCCGAGAUGGCAAGUGCACUGCAGACCUUGCUGUCUGACGUCAGCAGCUCUGUUUCUGUCCCUCACAGACGUCACCAAGGGCUGGCAGCUUUGGCCAGGCGACAGGGGAGCCACGGGUGCUUUGUAUGCUUGAGCUUGGUGGCUCUGAUACUCACAACGAGCUCCCAGUUGCUUCCAGGUCGCUGUCCGGUCAGCCUUACCCAGCAGCCUACAUUUGUCCAAGGGGGCAGCUGUGUCCUCUUCCGCUCUUGUCCUCUGGGAGAGAGGACAGGACCCACCAGGGCUUACAUUUCCACGGGUUGUAUAGAGCUUAAAUGGCAGCUUUUUAGACAGUAAUGACGCUUGGGUUCUGAAAACUGCCUCCUGAGGUCAUCAGAAAAUAAAGGACUUUUUAGAGGAAAAAAAAUUCUCAUUUCUGAUCU